ACAAGAGAACAGGGAAGUUGUGGCUGAGACGUUGCUUGAAGAUGGCUUUCUCAUUCCAACUGCUGACACUGUGCAGAUCUUAAAUAUUCCUCAAGAAACUCACAAGUUGGAUUUUAAGAUCCCUCGAGCAUUUCUUAGUUUCUGGCAGCCCCUGCUGAGAGGUUUGCACUCCAAACAUUUCACUCAGACUCUGCUGGAGAAAAUGUUUGAUGAUUUGAAGGCCCACGCAAGGAUCACGUCACUUCGGUCUCAGUACCUCAACAGCUGGAUCACAAAAAUUCUGAAGGCUAACUUGCGACUUAAAAAGAAGUUAAAGUCUUCCAAAGCCAAGAAGAAACGAAGCUGCUUGAGAUUGUUCCAUCACCAUAUUUCAUUACAGUGGCUGAAGCUUCUCAGAUAUUGCCUAGAUGCGCCUUGCUGGGCCAGUCCUCACCUCUUGCAUCUGAUUCUGUUGAGUAUGGAACCUCCAUUGCCGGCUGAGGCUCAAGAGAAGCUCUUCUACCUGACUUCUAUUUACACCCAAGAAGAUGGCAUCUUCCCCAAUUCUGGCACCACACUGGACAUUUGCAAGCAGCCCAUUUACACCGUGGAGAGCUUGCUGGAGCUCAAUGCUCCUGCUGCUGCCCACAAAUUCUUGAAGAGAGCAGGGCAGACAGAGGUGUUGCCAGGAAUGGUUAAAGAGAAAGGGUUGGCUGAGGAAGAGGAGGAGGAGGAGGAAGAAGAAGAAGAGAUUGGCACUCAAUCACCAUCACAGCAAGAACCUCUCUUCCUGGAAGACCCAGCAGCUUUGGCUGAGAAAAGAAAAGUUCUUCAGGGGGGAGUCUGGCAAGUUGGCUCAGGUAAAACCUGGCUUCUAAUCUGUUGGGAGUUUGCAUGUUUGGCAUGUUAAGGGCAAAAAAUGGGCCUGAGAGCUUCGUAGUUUAUCUCUGAAUGUCUUGUAUAAAUAAGACUGUGGUUGGAAGGUGCGAACGUGGAGAAUGGUAAAAGCAGGAGGAAAGGAACAUAGAGUUUAGAUAAACUAUGCCCCAUAAUUGCCUUUGUUUAAUGGGAUACCUCUUUUAAUAGCACCUGUCUAUAGUCCAAAGCAAGCAUAUGCAGUUCAUGGACUCCCUGGCUCUGGACAGCUAGAAAUAUGGCCCCAUAAGAUAGUAUAAGAAUGUAAAAAAGAUGGUUAUGUAUAUGCUUUAACUAUAAUAUAUACAUUAUAUGUGGCCCAAGACAAUUUAUCUUUACUCAGUAUGGCCCAGGCAAACAAAAGGUUGAACAUGUUUGGUCUAGAGCAGGGGUGGGGAAUUAUGGCCCUUUCUGAGGAAUUCUGGGAGUUGAAGUUCGCAAGUCAUAAAGGGCCAUCGUUCCACACCUCUGGUCUAGAGGAAGAGGCUUUAUGUCUUUUAAGCUUGAUCCUUGGAAUUUCCAUGUGGCAUUUGGAGCCUGCCAAAACCUUAGAGAGCUGCUGCUAAGAAAAAAACAUAACAAAGGUGGGACCUUCUGAACAAUUGCUAAACCAUAAAUCACCAUUGUUAGUUGAACUGAACAAAGUAACGGGUGUGAAUUUAGAUUCCCAUCUACUCCAAUUAGAUUACUUGUAGGACCUCCUGUAUCCAACUAUUUGUUUUGUAAUAUCCAGCAGAGUUGGCAUGCUUUGAAUUCCUCUCUCAAAGAAGUCACCUAGUGGGAUCAAGGGAGCGUGGCUUCUCUGCUGAGGACCUGUCAUAUGGAACAUCAUGUUCAGAUGGCUGUGACUCUGUCCUUCCUCACUGGGCCACACCAUGGAUUAGAUUGAAAAGGUUUGGUUCCAAGAUGGGACCGUUUCUGAAAGAGCAGAAGACCAAGGUGCUCUCAAGCAGCCUUUCCCAAUUUCCAAAUAUCAGAGCAUUCUGGGAGUUGAAGUUCACAGGUCUAAAAGUUGCCAAGGUUGGAUACUCCUAGUGUUCCCUUUUGGCUCAGUGCAGUGUUUGAACUCAGCUCCUGUGACUUCCUGGGUGACUCUAUCCAUCAUUGGC